UAUUCUCUUGUUUUAAUUGCAAUGUAUAAUGUGCUGGACCUGAUUGGAAGAUUUACCCCUCUCAUAGAAUAUAUCUGCAUAGAAUCAAGAAAAGGCCUGAUGAUUGCAAUCAUAUCUCGUUUCAUAUUCAUUCCUGCGUUUUAUUUCACGGCAAAAUAUGGAGGACAAGGCUGGAUGAUCUUCCUGACAUCAUUAUUAGGGUUAACUAACGGUCAUCUUACUGUUUGCGUUCUCACUGCAGCUCCAAAAGGAUACAAGGGGCCGGAGGCUAAUGCUUUGGGAAAUUUGCUGGUUCUGUUUCUUCUAGGUGGUCUUUUUUCAGGAGUUGCAUUAGAUUGGCUGUGGCUUAUUGGGAAAGGCUGGUGAGGUUAUUAUAUUUGAAAGUGGUCUUAUAUUCUCUGUUAUGUGA